AUGUGCUUCGCAAGACCUACAGCGGGCCACCUGCUGCUAACUGUAGUGCGCAUCCUGUGCUGCGUUCUACCUCUAUUGGGCAUCUCCGCAGCGCAAUUGUCAGGCGUCGGCGCACGUGGACUGCAGCGCUUCAGGCACCGCGACGAUGCAAGGCUUACAGCGCCCGAAGCAGCUCAUCUUCCCUUCGCGCGGCUGCUGCACUUCCCCAUUGGAUUUCGCGCAAUGAUAAACCCCUCGGCCGUCAAGCUGCCCGCGUCGGGAUAUCUCGCAUCGUUCCGGUCGCUUGCGCGCAUCCCGGACCGCCGUCGCGGCGACAUCGACUUCUGGCACAGUCGUGUUGUGCUCUGCCAGUUCCAGGACUCGCGGUUCGCGUCCCCGAGCUCCUGCACGUGGCUGGACGUCCAGGACACCGACACUCUAUGCGUGCCAGCCCACGUUCGGAUCGGAGACAACCCCAUGUGCUCCGCUUCCGGCGCGGAGGACGUGCGUCUGAUACCUGGUGCCAGCGGCACCAUCAUGGCCAUGUUCGCCAUGCUGCUGCCGGCCGAAGUUCCCGGCGAGCAGUGCGGGGACGUGGUCAUGCGGCAGUUCCUGUCCACGCUGCGCCCUUCGCCCCAGGGCGAGUGGACCGCGACGCGUCCGCUGCAAGUGCGGUGCGACUUCUCCAACGACCCUAUUCAGAAGAACCUGUCGCCGUUCUGGCAUGACGGUCAUCUCUAUGCGUCUUACCGGCUGGAGCCUCACCAGGUCGUACGGCUUGGCGUCGACGGAUCGUGCCAGCUGGUCGCGACCACGUCGUCUCUGCAACUCGAGGUGCUGCAACACGGAGACGCCGUCGCGCACGGCGGAUCGCCGAGCGUGCUGCUGCCGCGGUCGAACCAAGGCGGGAGUGUUUUCUGCGGCGUCAUGCAUCUGCUCCGACCCGAGAAGAAGUACGAGAAUCGCGCCUACAAGUUCGAGGCCACGCCGCCGUUCAAAAUCACUGCCGUGUCGCGGCCCAUCCCGCUGAGUGAAGCGGUCGCCGCGGAAUCUGCCAUGGCGAUCGUCACCGGCUUGCUGAUCGAUGGCGCCCGAGUCACCCUCUUGUAUGGGGAAGACGAUGUGCGGUCAGGGGUGCUGUCGAUGUCACUCGCGCAGUUUGAGGCGCUCUUUGACUGA